AGCGCGUGCCCGCGAGACAUUAGUUCCCGAGAACUACUUAAUGCCAACAGAUCACCCGCGCGGCAGCGACUAAAACAUCCUGAAAAUGGGCAACUGUCAACCCACCAUCGUGCACUACGAGGACUUUGACGUCGUCGCCGACAUCAAGGCCAUCCGCAAAGCCUGCAAAGGGUUCGGAACAGAUGAGCAGGCCAUCAUCGACAUCCUGGCAAACCGCAGCUCGGCUCAGCGGCAGGAAAUUAAAUACGCCUAUUUUGAAAAGUAUGAUGAUGAGUUGGUGGACGUGUUGAAGAAAGAGUUGUCGGGCAGCUUCGAGAACGCCCUCCUCGCCAUGCUGGACCCGCCCGUCGUCUUCGCCGUGAAGGAGCUGAGGAAGGCCAUGAAGGGGGCCGGCACCGACGAGGACGUCCUGGUGGAGAUCCUCUGCACCGCCACCAACGCCGACAUUGCCAUGUUCAAGGAAUGCUACUUUCAAGUGCACGAGCGUGACCUUGAAGCCGACAUCGAGGGAGACACGAGCGGGGACGUGAGGAACCUGCUCAUGGCUCUGCUGGAGGGCAACAGAGACGAGACGUACGAGGUGGACGAGCAGCUGGCGGAGGAAGACGCCACCUGCCUGUUUGAGGCGGGCGAGGGUGGAUUCGGAACGGACGAGUCCACGUUCACCUACGUCCUGGCCUCCAGAAAUUACCUGCAGCUCCAGGCCACCUUCAAGAUCUACGAGCAGCUCUCUGGAACGGAGAUCCUGGACGCCAUCGAGAACGAGACGUCUGGCACGCUGAAGAAAUGCUACAUCGCUCUUGUGAGAGUUGCUAAGAACCCUCAGCUCUACUUCGCCCGGCGACUGAACGACGCCAUGGCGGGAGCGGGCACCGACGAGGACACCCUCAUUCGCAUCAUUGUGUGUCGCUCCGAGUACGAUUUGGAGACCAUCAAAGACCUGUACCUGGAGAAAUACGACGUGUCCCUGAAGGAGGCCCUGAGGGAUGAGUGCGGCGGGGACUUCAAACGCCUCCUCCUGGGUAUCUGCCACUGAAGGUCUGAGAGUCGAGCAGGACGACAGGGAGGACACGAUCGACCAAAAACAGAAAUAGAUUGAUAAAUGACUGAAAAAAUUAAUUUAAUAUGACAUUAAAUGUACCAAAAGUUGUUUAAAAAUUUUUAUUGUAACACUUAUAAAAUGUGACAAAGAGAUAUUAGUUUUAUUGCUUAUAGAGAUAUAUAUAUAUAGGGAAUAAAUAGAUUAAUAUUUUAAUAAGAGAUUUAUAAAUUAUUAUAUAAAAAUAAAAGAGUAUGUAUAGAUAUAUAUAUAUAUAUAUAUAUAUACACACAUACUCUUUAAUUAAUUAAUUAAUGCAAAGCUUAAUAAAUAAAGAAGCAAAUUAAAUCCGAAAUACCUAUUUAUCACGUUUUAUCAGUUAAUUAGUGCCUCUAUUUAUUUUUCGAUAUGAAUUCCGUCACAUUUAAUGACAUAUUAAGUUAUUUCCCGCGUCAUUUAUUUAAUUACUUUUGGAUUUUGGCGGGUUUUGGACGUGGACAACCGAGGCAGAGACAGCAGUUUGUCCUGUGCUGCUGUUUCCUGUCUGAACAAACUAAUUACCCCUCGGCCUCUCCGCGUGACAUUAUGUAGGCAGGAGGGUGGAAGUAAUAUAAUUAUUAACCCAACUCACGUCAGAGUAACUAGGUAUUUGGGUCUCUCUUUGUAAACGUUUUUUUCCACAGACGUUAAUCACAAAAUUCACAUCCCAUUUGGAAUUAAUCCUCUAUCUGCGUCCGCCAGUUACUGCCCGUUUCUUAGUCAAUUUGGAGCUCCAGUUCUUAACACACUUACCAGCAUUUAACUCAGUGGUGAGAAAGUCUCCGUCACUGUCAACGAGCACCAAGACUUUUACAUUUCCAGUCGCACUGAUGCCAUUACACCGAGUGGGAUUCGAUCAGCUGAUGGGAUAAUAACAUUGUAAACAUGUUUGUACACUGUGGGAAAAAACUAUUACUUCAUUAUGUCUCUACUGCUGCAUUCAUUAAAGCAAGGAGAUAUAAGUGUUACGAUUAUCACCAUCAUGAAAGUAUUAAUCCGUUUUUAGAUUUAUUUGUGUUUUAUUUUAUUUUUCUUAUAUCUUUCACCCUCCGUGACCCAAACUGACGGUUAUAUUCCACCGCUGUUGCAACUAAUGCAAUCACUCCAUGUGGCUUGAAGUUUUGUUUCUGUUAAAAUGAAAGAAAUGUGAAUGUUUUGAAGGAAUCUUAGUUGGUGUCUCAAAAUUAGCAGACGAGAUAACGAGUAAAAACUUGACAAAUACACCUCGCCUUGUUAUAAAUAUAUGUUUUAUAUUUUACGACUAACACAGUAGAGUGUUUUAAUAUAUAUAAUUUGGUGUAAUGCUUAGGCCAGAGGGCUUAUGAGAAGCAACAUCUAACAUCUGGACAGUGUGUAUAUCUGUGUGUAUCUUUAAGGCAGCUGAGAUGUGUUAAAAGUACCACUAUUGUGAGCAACAAGGUGCAUGUACCUGUACAUGAGAUCGUUGCAACAUGGGCAUCCGGUGGAGUAGUUGGAAUAUGUUUUGUCUCUAUAGCCAAAGAAUGUUAGUCUAAAGCAAAUAAAGUUCCCUAUAACAUCA